UGAUUGCGCACACGUGAGAGCCGCUUUUACGACAACAAUGUGCGGUCGAUGUGUAUGUACGGGGAAGAGCGAGGCAAAAGGCUCGCGAGGCAAAAGGUGUAUCAAACACCCAGGUAGGAGAGGUGCAUACACCUCCUGUGAGCUUACCAGAUCCACGGCGAGCUCAACGAGCGGGCAGUUACCUUUCCGUUACGAGACCGUGAGGAUCUACCUCCUUCCAUAGUGCCGAGUCCGAUCGUGGUCAUUAUCUCUGGCAAAAUGGUCCUUUCCAUUCGUAGAUACAUACGAAUCCAUCAAUGAGCAUCCAAAAACGAGCACAACCAACAAGGCGCUGAUUAAUUAUACAAGUACAAGGUGCAAGAGAGAAAAAAAGUGUAGAAGGUAGCUCGAGAGGAACGAGCCACCCGAAGAUGAUCCCGCUUGCGUACGUUAUUCUCGUUGCGUUAUCGUGCGAGGUGCAGGCGAUCUCGUCGUCUUGGAGACCGAUCGUGGCGGGCCACGCCGACGCAGGUAUACUGCAUCAGGAGGCAUCGAUUUUCGGAAAUGCGCCUACGCAGACGCUUUACGACGUGGACAGUCCUCAUCAUCUCCUGUUGUCGCACGAUCAAGACACAUGUUCCCUCUAUAAGGUCGUUAUGAACCAGCAGCUGUACUUCGAGUACAUCCAUUACAAGGUGGACCUGCCGGACAUGAAGGAGUUCACCCUCUGCAUGUGGACGAAAUUCCACAAUCAUUCCAACGACCAUCCUCUGUUCUCUUACGCAGUCGGCGACCAACCGCGGGGAAUACUAUCGUGGGUCGCAAACACACCAAGAAGUUCAUACUACAUGCUCAACGUCAACGGUCACAACUUGUACAGAUUGAAUUAUCCGUUGAGACUUAACAAAUGGUACCACUCCUGUCAGAGCUGGAACGGCCGCACUGGAGAAUGGCAGAUCUGGGUCAACGAUGAGCGCGUAGGCCGCGGGUUCAAUAACAGGCUAGUCGGGCACGUUAUCAAAGGCGGCGGAAUCGCCGUUUCUGGGCAGGAGCAACGACAACUGGGUGGCGGUUUCUUGGAGGGCGAAGGCGCGCCACCAGGUUCCGGUGGUUAUCUAGGAGAAUUGACGAUGUUGCAGCUUUACAAAGUCGCCUUGACCGCGGGCAAGGCGCACAAAGAUCACAAGCACCAUCACGGCCAUCAUUACGAACACGACACCAGUAAUAACACGCCGAGGACCACCACGCGAGCGCCAGUAACUGGACCUCCUUUGCCGGUACAUCCCUUCCUCACCGGUGGCCAGAUCAAUACACAAGUGAAGAUCAAUCCGGGGGCGCCAAUUCAGAUCGUACAAAACGGUCUGACCAUUCGUCAUCCCGCAUUACCGCCAGUGCCGGAGUCGCCCCCGCAGCCGCUCCCGCCCUUGAAUCUCGAAGUUUUCACGACACCCUUCCCGCAGCUGCCGACACAAUUCGGUAAUCCGACGCAGCAACGGUUACCGUCGAUCUUCGCGGAGGGGCUCUAUCAUAAUCUUUUCAAGAGAGAGAGGAACGAGUCCUCGAGGAAACGGGACAUCAAAGACGAGAUGGUAAUGUCGAGUCUGACUGAAAAAUCGGUCACGAAGAGAGACACCGAGAAAACUUCAAAGGAAGCUGAUAGUUCCGAUGGAAAGGUAUCUUUCGUGCCGAAAACAGAGGAUGCGAAUGACAAGAAACUAGAAAAACGCGAAUCCGAGAAGAAGAAGAAGAGAGGACUGCUGCAACUAGGCGACGGAUCGCUCCUCGAUGACGGAUACUCCAGUCCUCAAGACUUGGACGACGACUAUUUCACAGGACUGACGGGUAUCGGACUCCAGUUGAAGGGAAGGGACGAGGAGGUGGACGAGAGGGAGCCUGCCGAGGCUGAGGUCAGACAAGUGAUGGACCUCUGCGACGGAUGCGCCCAAGAGCCAUUCGGCAAGGCAUUGAUCAUAGCCUGGAGAGCAGUGCCUAAGAAACUCUAUUCCGGCGCGUUGUACGAGCCGGCUAUACCGGCGUGCAAAGCGUUCUAACCACCGACGAGGGACGAACGCGGCGAAUCGCGCGCGCGAAACGACAUUCCGGGACGGUCGCGUGAAUCCUCCGAGGCGGAAUUUAUCGAACGCCCGGAAGGAUCCGAAUCGCCGUCGAGUAAUGACACGUGUGAACCCUCGAUAACGGUCGAUGUAGGAUCGACGAUCUCUCGAGAACGAAAAGGGAUACCUUUUCCAGGUAUCCCACGCCAUGUUUUAAAUCGCUGAGUAUCCUUAGUUGUUAUGGACGAAGAUGUUUGUCAUUCACGCGACCAUUCGAUUUAUUUUCUCCACGUUGUUCAUCGAUUUUUUUUUAUCUCUCGUGCGCUCUGACGAUGUAGCCGAAUACUUUUCCGUUUGUCCUAUCUUCGUAAACGUUAAGAACACGUUCGGAGAUAUACAAAGGAUAUUGCCAUGAAACUUGCGCUUGACGGAACACCUUGCCGACCGUAUUUAUUUUCAAUCCCUGCCGAAUUAACUGUAUGAUGAUUAAGUCGAAGCUUCGAAUACUGUGAAGGCGAGUAUGUGUGACAAGAAAUAAUCAUAGUUCUUGUUAUUAAGACAGCAAGAAGCAUAAAUAAUAUAAAAGUCUUACUUCGAGACUUUAAGAAUUCUAAUUAAGAUAUCUGAGUAUAAGGUCUCCCCCCACUCACUUAAUCAAUUUUAUUUUUAAAAACUAUUUAACAGCUUUUAAAAAUAAAAUUUUAAAAAUUUUAUAUAACAAAGUUUUCAUACAACUGUACAUUUAAAAACGCUAUUAAAUAGAAUUUUAAAAAUAUAAAAUUAAUUAAGUGGCCCGUGUCCAGCCUAAAUGUUUUAGGUUUAUUUUGCAAAGCGGCUGAUGUUACAUGUGGCCAAAAGUUUAUAAAUAAAAAUAUGCGAUGAACGUCGCGAUAAUUGAUACGUACACGCGCAAGGAUAGAAUUUAAUUAAGAAAAAUUUCAUUAACAGAGUGCAAGGACGUCGGUGUAAUAGGACAGUAUUAUGUUGUAAGUUUGAAAAACUGAUCACCAAGAACAACGAUCGCUUUUAACAGAAUGCUCCUUGCGAUUUUAAGGUGCGCGCUGAUCGAUUGACCCCGGCGAGACGAAGGAGAAGACUUAAUUGCGCGACGGAAACCGCCUUAAUCGAUCAGCUAACGUACGCCACGGUCGCUUAAGCUCGAGACUUAGCUCUUAGGCUGGAGUUUAUGUAUUUUGUGUACAUGUGUCGUAUGCCGAAUAAAUUUUUAUAAACCGUUACGCGAA